GGCCGGCGGCUCCGCGGAGAGGCUGCGCGCGCCUGCCGGGGGAGGCGAGGAGCCGGGCCCGCCUGGCGCGGGGCGCGGCGCUCGGCACCCGGGCCUGGAGCGGGGCGAGGCGCCGGCGCGCGCCCGGCGGGGCCAGGCUGCGGCCCCGGGAGUCCCCGCGCGCCGCCGGCCGCGCGCCGCCCCUGCUGCAGCUCGCUAGCUCGCAGGCCGGCCCCGCCGCUGCCCUGCGCCACCUGGACGGGCCGCCGCUCGGCGCCCAGGCCCCGGGGCUGCACCCGAGCCUCAGCCGCCCGCCGCCGCCGCCGCGAUUGCCACCGCGCUCCGGCUUCCCCUCCCCCAACACCCGGGGCUCGGAGCAGGAGCAGGAGCAGGAGGAGGAGGAGGAGGAGGGGCCGGUGCAUUCUCACCGCCGCUCUUUGCAACCUGCGGGGGCCGGUGCAUGCCCGGCGAGGAGCCAGGGGCCGCUGCAGGUGCGUGCGACCUCGCCGGAGGCGACCCCACCCCCCACCCCGGCCCCCGGGGCGUACCGGGGGGCUGCACACCGCGGGCGCGCGGUCGAGCGAGAGGAAGCAACAAAGACAGGCUGCAGCUGGGGCCGGCGAGAGGGGCCGUGGCCGCCCGGGCUCCCCGCGCGGGUGGAGAGGGCGCCCCGGGGAGCGGCGCGGGCCAAGCUGCAGCCCCCCGAGCGGGACCCCGAGGGGAGGCGCAGCGCCGCCCGCCGGACACGGCGAGGACAGGGCCCGCCGAGGAUGCGCCGGCUGAGCGCCGCUACGGCCCGGGGCCCCGGCGGGCGCGCCCCCCGCUGAGCGGAGAGACCCCCGCGCCCCCCGACUUCGGACGGCGCGGGCCGGCGCCUGGAUCGCCCCCGCCGACAGCGUCGCUUCCCGCGCCGGGAGAGCCCCUGCCCCCGCCGCCCGGCCGCCGCCCCGAGCGCGCAGCGCCGCCGCCCCUGAGAGCGGGCGCCCCUCGGAGGCGCGGCUGAUCCGGAACCCUGCCCCAGAGCGCGCCCGCCGCCCCCCGCCGCCCAGCCAUGCUGGCCUGUCUGCAGAGGACCCAGAACCCCGCGGGCCAGCACCUGACCUGCCCGAGCAAGAGCCUGGAGCUGCGCAAGUGCGAGACCGUGGUGAGCUCCAUGCAUUCUUCGCGCUACCCGAGCCCGGCCGAGCUGGACGCCUACGCCGAGAAGGUGGCCAACAGCCCGCUGUCCAUCAAGAUCUUCCCCAGCAACAUCCGGGUGCCCCAGCACAAGCACCUGAGCCGCACGGUCAACGGCUACGACACCAGCGGGCAGCGCUACAGCCCCUACCCCCCGCACGCGGCCGGCUACCAGGGCCUGCUGGCCAUCGUCAAGGCCGCCGUCGUCUCCUCCUCCUCCUCCUCCUCCUCCGCGGCCGCCGCCGCCUCUUCCUCCUCCGGCUCCAGCGGCCCCGGGUCCGGGGUGGCCGCGCCCGCCGGGCCGGCCAAGAGCGUGCUCAAGAACGCCGAAGGGAAGAGGACCAAGCUGUCCCCCGCCGCCGUGCAGGUGGGCGUCGCGCCCUACCCGGCGCCCAGCGCGCUGGGGCCCUUGGCCUACCCCAAGCCCCCCGAGGCGCCCGCCCCGCCGCCCGGCCUGCCCACGGCAGCCACGGCCACCGCCGUCAUCCCCCUGGCCGGCCGCGGCCUGCCCCUGCCGCCCUCCAACCUGCCGUCCAUCCACAGCAUCCUGUACCAGCUCAACCAGCAGUGCCAGGCCCCGGGGGCCGUGGCCGCCUGCCAGGGCGUGGCCGUGCCCCACCCCAGCCCGGCCAAGCACGGCGGCGGCGGCCCGGUGCCCAGCUUCCCGGGCAUGGCCUACUCGGCGGGCGCCGGGCUCGCCGACUGCCGCAAGGGCCCCGAGCUGGGCCAGGGGGGCACCGCGCCCGCCUUGACGUUGGCCGCGGCCAAGCCCGCGGGCUACGCGGACGGGGGCCUGGACUACCUGCUGUGGCCGCAGAAGCCGCCCCCGCCGCCGCCCCCCCAGCCGCUGCGGGCCUACAGCGGGGGCGGCGCGGCCGCGGCGGCGGUGGCCAGCAAGUCCCCCGAGGCGGGCGGCGGGGGCCGCGGGUACGAGCGGGGCGCGGGGUCCCCGCUGCACUGCAGCGGCGUGGGGCUGCCCGCCGGCUUCGCCGUGGGCCAGUACUUCGCCACGCCCUGGAACAGCGCGCUGGUGACGCCCACCAGUGACGGCGGCUACAACCCGGCGGCCGGCGCCGGCGCCGUGGCCGUGGGCGAGCUGGGGGGCGCGGCCCGGGAGCUGGCGGGGCCCCCCGCCGACGCGCUGGCCGGGCUGCCCAGCAAGAGCGUGUGCAACACGUCGGCGCUGAGCAGCAGCCUGCAGUCGCUCGAGUAUCUCAUCAACGACAUCCGGCCGCCCUGCAUCAAGGAGCAGAUGCUGGGCAAAGGCUACGAGACGGUGGCCGUGCCCCGGCUGCUCGACCACCAGCACGCCCACAUCCGCCUGCCCGUCUACAGAUAAGGCCCGCCCGGCGAGCCACGGACAGACAGACAGACAGACGCACGGGGGGAGGCCGGGCCACGGGACUGGGUCGGGGGUGGCAGGAGGCUCCCCCUCCCCCCGCGACGCCCACAGGGAAUCCAGGUCCUCUA